AUGGCGCCACACCGCAAAGGCCGCGCAAACCAGAACCAGCCGCCUCCCCAGCCGUCAGACUACGAGACAGACGCGCCGCCUGCUGUCGACGUGCCCCUCCCACCGCCGCGGUCAAACGAAGAGCUCAACUUCUCCGUCCUUCGCCGCGAGUACGCCGAUCUCGUCGCCAUAGAGCAUGUCACGCCAUACGCCGCGCUGUAUACCUUCAACCUCGAGACGCAGUCAUGGGAGAAGAUGGGCAUUGAGGGUACUCUCUUCAUCUGCCAGCUGACUCCCUCGCCCAUCGGGGCCGAGCGAUACUGCGCCAUCAUCCUCAACCGUCGCGGCCUAGACAACUUCUACCAGGAGCUCACUAGCAGUGAAGAGAUGGAGAUAUCCGAUCCCUAUGUCAUCAUCCAGGGCGAGCAGGUCUACGGCAUCUGGAUCUUCGCCGACCCACCACCAGCUUCCACCGCCAACUGCCGUGUCGAGACCGCCGCCAAGAUGAUGGACAUUGCCGACAGGGCAAGAGCGAGCCGCGAAGCCCUCGAGCCUGCCGUACAAGCGACCGAGCCUGCCGAGGCCGCCUCCUCUGCCCCGAUGGGCCGCCAACUGUCUCUACGAGAGCUCUUCGGCCAACAACGCGAACAAGACGCCGGUUUCAGCAUACACAACCACAAUACCCAACAUAUGCCGGGCAUGCAUCAGCAACAACCAUAUAUGCAGAAUCCUGGCAUAGCACAGCCUGACGUGCUAGGUCAGCUCUUCAUGAAGGCUAAGCAAAAUCACAAUGGCCUUGGCUGA